AUGUAUACAUUGCAAGAAGCAGUAAAAGAGGAGUACAAAGACAGUCAUCUCGCAGGUAUUACUGUGUCCGAUCUCAAAGGUUUCAUUGCGAAGAGUUUGGCUAUGGAUUUGCGGGCUUCGUUGACAGAGAUUGAUAUAAGCGUGACACUCAUCGUACAAGCACCUAAGCGAGCAGACGCAUUCGAAAAAUCAAUCCUUUUUUUUAAACUUUCAAGGAACGAUAUGCGAGUAAUAUGGAUGCUUUUGGCAAAAGAAGGUGGGGGUGCAAUGCUUGCUGCUCGAUGUCGCUUUUCCAAGGUCGCUUGUGAUAGCGUCGCAUUUGUUUCGUCGAAGCAAUGA